AUGGAUUCAACAUAUACAUUAGUUUCUUUAAUUUUUUUAGAAACGUAUUCAGAAAUAUAUUUGUUAGCAAAAGAAUUUAAUCAGCUUAAAAUGUUCUAUCAAACAAACAACGAUUAUGAGUUAGAAUUUAAAGAAGCAUUAAAUAAAAAAGAAUCAUCCCUUGAAAAUAUAGAAUAUAAUAAUAUACACAAAAUACAAGAAUCCAAUAAUCAAAUUCUUACGCCUUUACAAAUUGAAAAUUUUCAAAAAAUAUUUGCUCAACAUACUAUUAAAGAAAGUGAUGAUGAGCAAGAAACUGAUGAGAAAGUGAUAGUUCUUUUAGAUCAGCAGGAAAAAGAAGCUUUUUUUGUUAAACUUCGUACAUCAGUUUGCUGUGAAACUAAAAUGUGUUUAGCUAAAAUUGAUUAUGAAUUGGCAUUUCAAAUUUUUGAUAAUAUUCGAAAAUUAUCAAAAACAGAGCAUAAUAUGUUUCUUUUAGGAAUGCUUCAUGCAAUGACUUGUUCUAAAGAUACAACUUCGCGUGGUAAAGAAAAACAAUACUUAACCAUUAAAUAUACCUUUGAUAAUAAUGAAAUCUGCGAAAUAGCUUUUCGAACAAUAUAUUCACUAUCAGAAAAAAAAUAG